AUGCACCCAUCGACGCUUUUUCUUCUACAAUUUCUCGUCACAGGAAGUUUUGCUUCUCCACUACACAAUGCAUUCCGUAGAUCAAGAAGAGAUGGCAACACACAAAUAAUUCAUCCAGGAACAGCUCUCCGGGAAGGACCAGAUCUUCCACCACUCCCUUUGGAAUAUGAAGCAGAGGAUGAAAUUUAUAUGUCCAUCGAUGAUCCACGUGUAGGAACAGUGGACGCAGAUGGUAACGUCCUCGUGCCUGUUGACGAUGAAGGCAGGAUUCUUCCAGGUUUCGAACACCUCGUUCGUCCACUUCAAAUUCAAAUGGAUGUCGGCGAUGCGCGAAAUCCACAAAUCACACUAGAUUCCACAUCUAUGAAAGUGUUGGAGCCGGCGACAAGUACUGGAGAAGUGCAAUCGGAGUCUGAUAAAGAAGGAGGUAACGAUGAAACUGUGUACGACGAAGAAGGUGACGAACAACAGGCCGAACAGCUACCGACAGCAAGCGACUACGUCGAUUCCCGGGAGGAUAGAGGUGAUUCCGAAAUGGCAAGAAGUGGUAAAAAGGUCGAGGCUCCACGACAGGCCACGAAACUCAAUUUAACAGAUUUUGACAAUCGUCUACAGCCAGGGGACGCUUUAAAAAAUGAUUUGGAAGCAGCGGAUACAACAAAAAAUGUAGAUGAAAAGAUUGAAGAAGUUGUUCACGAAAUCUUCACCGCUGCUAAAGAAAUUGACGAUAGUAAAAUCGGAGCAGACGUCGGUCAGAAAGUGGAUGAUGAACUGACUGAACCGGCAGAGGAAUCCAAGGAAUCCGAUUCUUCUAAAAAUAUAGGCGAUGAGUCUCAACUAGAAAACAAAGAUAUUGAUUCGAUUUCGCCUGGUCAGGAAUUGGAUGAAGAUGACGACGAAACAGGCGAACAAAAUCCACUGGAACCGUAUGAAGCUGAAUUUGACUCCUCCGAGGGAGGAGCUACAGAACUCGAAGAUGAGGAUUCACUUGAUGAGGAUUCGCCGAAUACUCCAAAUGUAGGUGAAGGAGUUGAAGAAAUCGGUAAAGUUCUGCCGAAGGAUGACGAGAAGGAGUCUGGAGAUGAGGAAAAUAAGCGUUUGGACCAUCUGCGAAAGGGAAGUAUGCUCGGUUUUGAAGGUGGCGAUAAAGUGGCGGCUGGGAAACCGGAUUCGGCACCACCAGCUACCGUAUUCACACCUGUGUUGAUCAUUUUUCUAUUUUCUUUGUAUAUGAUGUAG